AGUGUCACCAGUGGCUCAAAGAGUCCGACGAUGGGCAGAGCCAGGUCUCAUGAUCUAAGGAGCAGCCUUGAGGACAAGAAGCCAAUUGAAGGUGCAAAAUUAUGGAUAGUUCAAAACAACGUCCCGGUGGUCGACCUCGAGAAGGACAGCAUCUUUAGCAGCAACCUGUCCUGGCUUAUGCAGGAAGCCUUGUCCUGUUCAGGGCGAGCCGAGGGGCAAUUCGAUUAUUGCGAUGAUAGACACUCGGCCCGAAUGUCGUGGACUCGGAUUCUCACCAGAUGAUCUAUCCAUCGUAAGGCUCAACAGAGAAGACUUGAGACACAUCAAAGCUAUUGGAAUCUCAGGCAAGCGAUCGGUAAUGAUGGCCUGCUUGGUGGCGCUCUACCGAGACGAAGGUCGGCACACCAUGAAUCACAAAUCCUUCUGGAAGGCCUUACAGGAUUACGAGCUCGACCGUCCCUGGGAGCGUCUCAUGGACACGGUCGAUGAUGAGCAGACGGCCUGGGAUUCCUACAACAGUAAGAACGGCUACGGCUAUAGCAACAGCAGCUAUAGCUAUAGCUAUGGCUACGGUGGAGGCGGAGGAAGAAGAGGAGGAUCAAAAGAGUCGGACCUCUUCGGCACUCCAUGGGAAGGACAUGGUGUGACGGUGAACGUGAUUUGUGACAGGAUCCCAGUUGUGGACCUGGCACAGCAUUCCAUCUUUCACGGCAAUGCAUCCUGGUUGCUCCAGGCUGCGACUGGAAGUUGCUCCAAAGCCGAUGGGCUCUUCGAGUAUUGCCAGGACAGAGAAGUCUUGGCAGCAUGCAAAAAGGAUCUGCGGUUGACAGCAGAUGAGGUGAGCAUUGCUCGCUUGAAGAGCCGGCCGGAAGUGAAGGCCGUUCAAACUUCCAGCCUUCAGGUGAUGUUGGCCUUGUGCUUGGUCCUCGCGCACAACGACGAGGCUGCAGCGGCCAUGCUGGAGGCAGACAUUGAGGAGUCAGACAGCUCCCUGAAAGAUCCACUGUCUGAUAUCAUGAUCGCAAUGCACCAAAGAAUAAGGAUGUCAAAGGACGAUGAACGGUCUACUUGGCGGUCCAAAGAGUCCAAAGGCAGCUAUGACUACUCGUAUGAUUACGAUUAUAGUUACGCUCCGAAGCGAAAGGUUUCGCGGCAGGCGUCUGCUAGCCGCAGCCCGUCCGGGUUGCGCAGACAGUCAGUUCUCGUCACUCGCAGGUGACCGAACAUGAAGGUGACCUCACCAAGUACCACGGGAUAACUUUCAACUACAGAUGCUAGCCGAAGAGACCACCCCGCAGGAAAGAGAAGAAGCCCAAGAUUUCAGCACCCAACGCCUAUGAUCUCGAUGAACAGCUGGACAGCUACAUGGCACCAGACUGCACCCGCGCCAGGGAUUGAAAUGACUAGGCCAUGCUCUCUCUCUUGGGAGCGAACUGAGUGGCUCUGUCAGUAGGGAUCUCACCCACAGUCAUUUCAACUGACUUAUAGUUCAUUGAUUGGACUCC